AUGUCUGGUGUCAUCGCCAUCACGCUAAUGGACCUGCGCCGGCUGGGGCAGGUGCAGCGGCUGGUGCUGUGCGAUCGGUCCGGGCAGCACUUCCCAGCCAUCAGAGAGACGCUGCAGAGGAAGAUUGCAGACGUGUAUCGAGACAUGGAUGUGACUCUCGAGACGUACCCACCAGACGAUGUACAGGAGGAUGAGGCAGCAUACCUAACAGCCAUGGUGCGCAUGCAGCCGGGAGACAUGGUCACCAUCUUUACUCCCGACAACACUCACUACCCCAUCGCCCUUGCUGCCAUUCAACACGGGCUGCAUGUGCUUAUAGCGAAGCCAGCAGUGAAGUCCCUCCAACACCACCACCACCUCGUGCAAGCAGCAGAAGAAAAGGGUGUGCUGGUGGCAGUUGAGUUUCACAAGCGAUUCGACCCCAUCUACACUGAUGCGCGGGACCGCAUCAGGGGGCUGGGUCCCUUCGCCUUCUUCUCCAGCACCAUGACCCAGCCGAAACAGCAGCUGCACACGUACGCAGGGUGGGCUGGCAGGAGCUCAGACAUCUCCUUCUAUCUAAAUUCGCACCACAUCGAUUUCCACGCGUGGGCGGUGCAGGGGCAGUCGCGGCCAGUGGUAGUGGUGGCGAGUGCAGCGAGGGGGAAGGCAAGCCAAGUGCUGCAAGAAGCGCGGGGAGGUGCUGCUGGGGCGGUGGAUGUGGAGGGUGCAAUCACCCUCAUGGUCCAGUGGCAGAACAAGGACGGUUCAUGCGGCACUGCAGUGUACACUGCAAGCUGGAUUGCCCCUCCUUCUGACUGCCACACACAGCAGUACUUUCACUACAUGGGCCACCAGGGUGAGGUGCGGGUGGAUCAAGCUCAUAGAGGAUUCACCAUGUCAACUGAUGCAGCUGGAUUUGCUACACUCAACCCACUGUACAUGAAGUACACUCCGGAUGCAACAGGAAGAUUUGCUGGCCAGCUGGGUUACGGUUACCGCAGCAUUGCGGAAUUCGUUACGGCUGCACAGUGCAUCAACUCAAAGAAAAUGACAGUGGCAGAUGUGGAGUCCAAUGGAAUGAUUGCGACCAUACGAAGUCCAGCAUGCCUCUUAACCACCGCAAUUCUAGAG